AUGCGGGAUGAGUCAGGCUAUAUGAUGCUUUUGCUGUCGCUUCCAUUUCAUCAGCAAAAAAACAUCCAAACAUUUCUCCAUCUUCCAAGCGUGGUUCAAAAAAUGACGUGGAUCAAAAAUCUUUGACUUUACGCGACUUUGAAGCAGGCAGGGAUCAUUCCAACAACACGCCGACUGAUCUUUAGCAACAUCCAAGCAAAAUAGACCGCCUACACGCGCAGUUUGGUUUGCACCUGUUUGUUUUGUUUUAUGUAGAGACGAAUGUUUUGUUUAUUAUUCGGCAUGUGUGAAUAGUUUAUGUCCGUCAUUUCAUCCAGCGGUUUCUAAAGAGGCUUUAAUCCUUUAAAGAUUAUGGAAUCUGCCGUUUGGUAGCUUUGAACCGACCAAACAAAAACACCUGAGUAAACAUGGAGGCAAUUUGGCUUUACCAAUUUCGACUGAUUGUUAUUGGGGACUCCACUGUUGGAAAAUCGUGUUUAAUUAGACGAUUCACGGAAGGCCGCUUCGCACAGGUGUCAGACCCGACGGUAGGGGUGGAUUUCUUCUCCCGCCUGGUGGAGAUCGAACCUGGAAAACGCAUUAAACUGCAGAUUUGGGACACUGCAGGACAGGAACGCUUCAGGUCUAUUACCAGAGCCUAUUAUCGUAACUCAGUGGGAGGUCUACUGCUCUUCGACAUAACCAACCGUCGCUCCUUCCAGAACGUUCACGAGUGGCUAGAGGAGGCACGCAGCCACGUGCAGCCCCACAGCAUUGUCUUCUUGCUGGUCGGUCACAAAUGUGAUCUGGAGCCACAGCGUCAGGUCAGCCGGCAAGAGGCAGAGAAGCUAGCAGCUGCAUAUGGCAUGCGCUACGUGGAGACUUCAGCACGCGAUGCCAUAAACGUGGAGAGGGCUUUUACAGAGCUAACACGGGAUAUAUUUGAGCUGGUGAAGAGUGGGGAGAUUACCAUCCAGGAGGGUUGGGAGGGAGUGAAGAGUGGAUUUGUACCAAACGUGGUGCAUUCAUCAGAAGAAGUGACAAAGGGCGAUCGUCGGUGUUUCUGUUGAGUCUGUAAUCAACACCCUGGUACCUAUCAAACAUUUGGGCCCUGGUGGACAAAAUAAACGCUUCCUCCAAUCACAGGGUCAGUCUUCAACUCACUGAUUAUGACAUCACCCCUUUCCUGCCUGCUGAUUGCCUAAAUGAGUCCCACUAUACCACAUUGCUUCACUUUUCUAUACUACUUUGCUAAUUUUCCUCAAUCACACAAUCUUGUAUAUGGCCAACUUGAACUGAUAAGAAUGGAAGCUUAGUUAAAAAAUAAAUACUUUUGCAGAACUCCUGCUGAAAGGCCAUUCAAAAACUAUAUCUGCACAUCUGUAAUUCUUUCUAUUGAGCCACAAAAGUUUGACUUCCCAAAUAAAGAUGUUCUGGCUUUGGACGUCUCCAAUAUCGAGAAUAAGCUUGUUCCAAGUAUCUUCUAUUGGUUGUCUCAUGGGAGAGAUAACUGACUAACACAAGUUUUGCUUGCUGUCUUCAAAGCUGGGAUACACAUUUCUGUCGACUCAAAAACUUCAGACUUCAGAAACAUUUGAUUGCUGAAGGUGUGAAGUGUCUGAUUAGUUUAGUAAAAUGAAAGACAAAGGCAAGGAGAUAUACUGCAAUAUACUACAUGAAGAAUUCCAAGAGUGGAAAAACACAUGAUCUGUAAUGAUUCCCAUAUGAACAAAAAAAUGUAAAAAAGGGUUUUCAAUUGUAAUUGAAAUGGUGAGAUACGGAUGACACAUGGUAUGAUAAUGCAUCAUAUCACCCAGAUGGUAAUUUUUUAUGAUCUAACGGAAAGAUUCGUAAGGGAUUACUGGAAGCACAUCCAUGAGCCCCAGAUGGAUUAAUACAUUUGUGCAUCAUUUUAAAAAUAUUAUAAUUUCACUUAUCACACAUUGCCACAAAACGCCUCUGGUGCUCACCAGAAUUACAAAGAAACCUUAACCUGUUGUAGUUAUGUACAUCUUUUACACCUUUUAUCCCAAAGAGUGUUUCUGAGUGUUACAGCCUGAGAUUGUACUAUCUAAUGGGAAAAAAGAAAGCUUUUCCCAUAGGUUUUCUAACUGAAGUGAGGGCCAUUGACCUUUCACACAUUCACAUAAGACAUCUGUAUCUAUAGAGCUUGUAUCGCCACAUAUUUAACCCUAACUUUAUUCAUCUAUAACAUCUUUACUUUUUGAAAUGACUUGCUCUUCACUUUUACUUCUACAAAAUAUAUCCGCUAUGUUUCUCAAAAUCAAAUCGGAGAAUAUGUGUCUAUACAGUUCAUAACAGUGCACAACUGGCUGAGUUGUUAAUCUUUUACAUUAUUGGAUAACAUGAAGCCAUUUCAAAACAUGGCUGAGACAGGGUCUCAGGGAAGAACCAGAGGAUUUUGGAUUGGGUUGACCACUUGCUCGCUAUGUAAGCUUUUUGUGGCUGAUGUGGAUUUGCAAAGACUGGCUGUACAAACACUACUGAUUCUGUUUCAGUGAUUUUGAGACACCCUGUACCUCUUUAUCAAGGGAACAUGAAAUGUACUAAAGAUUAAAGUAACAUGUUAAAAA